AAUGAUAGUUCCCAAGACGAAUGUGAAGGAAAGUUCCCUAAAGACAAAGGAGACGACGUUGGUUCGGAUUGCUUUCAUGAAUCCGAUUGUCAAUCCAGUGUUUGUUCAGAUGAUGAUGACUCGUCAGAUUCAGAGUGGUUGUAUAAAGAGCGUGUAUUUCCAAUUAACCCAGAAAUUUGGGAGAUUUCUGAAGAGGAUAUCAAUGUUGACCUUGAGAGAAACUCUAUACCACAUGUUUCCAACGAUCUUAAAGGUAAUGCAUCUAAUCCAGUAAAGAAUAUUUUGCGUUGGGCACUUGUAUUUUUGUCUAUAUGGGCUGCCCAUUGCAAAAUUUCAGAAACUGCACUGGAGUUGCUAUUGUCAUUUCUUCAUCGUUGGUUUACUGUUUUGGGGACAAUCUUUCCACCGUUUGCUGUUUUUAUAUCUUUUCCAACUACUAUAUCAUCGCUACGUACAUAUCUUGGCAUUGAAAAAGACAGCUUUACCAAAUACGUUGUCUGUAACAAAUGUUCCAGUUUAUAUUCAUUUCACGACUGCUACGAGUUAAAGUAUGGCAAAAAAGUGACCAAAAAAUGUCAGUUUAUUUCAUUUCCUCAUCAUCGCCAAGUUCACCGCAGGCAGCGUUGUAACGAGCCGCUAUUAAGAGAAGUUGUGUUAAAGAACGGAAAGUGCCAUUUGUACCCAUUCAAAAUAUUUUGCUAUAAAAGUAUAUCGGAAACACUGAAGAAUAUGAUAAGCAGAAAUGGAUUUCUCCAGAAGUGUGAACUGUGGAGAAGUAGAGAAGUUCCUAAUGGUUUUCUAGCUGAUGUUUUUGAUGGACGUGUUUGGCGAGAGUGGCAAUUCGUUGAAGGUAAACCUUUCUUAGCUGCCCCUGAUAACUAUGCUUUGAUGCUUAACGUGGACUGGUUUCAGCCAUUCAAACAUUCCGUCUACAGCGUUGGGGCCAUGUAUUUGGUUAUAAUGAACUUACCCAGGAGCGAGAGAUUUAAGCCUGAAAAUGUCCUGUUGGUAGGUCUGAUUCCAGGUCCUAAAGAACCAUCGUUGAACAUAAAUACGUACCUCAAGCCCAUGGUGACAGAACUAAAUUUGUUAUGGACGGACGGUAUAAAUAUUAACUCUGAAAUUUGCAUUCGUGCUGCCUUAUUGUGUAUAGCGUGCGAUCUACCUGCCGUUCGAAAAGUGUGUGGAUUUACUGGUCAUGGGGCCCGCAAUGGAUGCUCCAAGUGCAAGAAAGCAUUUCUUGGGGUAGUAGGGAAAAUGGAUUUUUCUGGGUUUGAACCUUCCCCGCCUAGAAAGAAUGCUGAGCAUCGACAACAAGCUCAAGAAGUGCUUAACCAGACAAGUAUGACCGAUCAAGCUGCAGCUGAACAGCGUUAUGGCACAAGGUUCACGGAGCUUAUGAUGUUGCCUUAUUUUGAUUGCGUACGGUAUCAUGUUGUCGAUCCAAUGCACAACCUGUUUCUGGGAACUUCCAAGCAUUUAAUGAAGAAUAUUUGGUUGCAAGGCGAAACACCACUUAUUGAAAGGAAGGAUCUUAUGAACAUCCAGAAAAAGUUGGAUACUAUCAAAGCACCGUCAUCUAUUGGUAGAAUGCCUAAGAAAAUCGAAAAUAGUUAUGGCGGAUUUACCGCUGAUCAGUGGAAAACGUGGACAAUUCUCUUUUCAGUGUUUAGUCUUUGGAAUGAUGAGCAUCUCAAAUUAUGGCAUGAUUUUGUUAUGGCUUGCAUCUUGUAUUGUGCUCCUGUCAUCACAGAAGGAAGAGCAGAAGUGGGACACUCGCACAUUUUAAAAUUCUGCAAGGGCUUUGAAAAUCUUUAUGGAAAAGAGAAGGUCACGCCAAACAUGCAUAUGCACACCCACAUUCUCGACUGCAUUUUGGAUUACGGACCUGUAUAUUCGUUUUGGCUAUUCAGUUUUGAGCGGUACAAUGGUCUUUUGGGCGAAAUUGUUACCAAUCAGAGGUCAGUAGAAGUACAGUUAAUGAGAAAGUUUACGUCCGAACAGUUCGUAAGAAACUUGGAGCUGCCAGUUCAAUUUGGUGAUUCGUUUUUACCUAUAUUUGAAAAACUAAAUAUUAAGAACACUGGAACGCUUGCCUCUGAGCUGGAAGACAUGAAAACAAAAGAAGUGAUAGAGACUAGUAUGCUUGCCAUUGGUCCUGUCCGAAAGAACGACUCACGAUGGAGAAUCGAUGAAAGGAAGACUGUGUAUGAACUGCGUUGUCCCUAUUCCUUAGAAAGCUUGGACGCAGAGGAUCUUGCCUUAAUCACAAGGUGUAUAUGGAAAUAUUUGAUGGACUAA